AUGGAGAAAAAAUACCCAGUAAUUGCUGGAAAAGAAAAGGGGCCAGGGCCUGGGCGCUACGGGCUUCCUCCCACCAUUGGAUUUAUGGGCCAUGACUUCACCAAGCCAACUAGCCCUGCCUAUUCUUUUCAUGGCAGGAUGAGCGACACCAUGUAUUGUGUAGACUCAAGUCCAGGGCCGCAGUAUCGUAUUGAUGCAAAAAUCACUCGUUUUGGAAGGGAUGGUACACCUGCAUACUCAAUGCUGGGCCGAGAGAAAGCACAGAAGGAGCUUUUCCAAACACCUGGACCAGGCGCAUACAGCCCUGAGAAAACCCCACCAUGCAACCUCCAGCGCAGACCCCCGUCCUUCACUAUGGGUUCUCGUACACGCUACCGGAGCACCGACUCAAUACCUGCUCCAAACAAGUACUGUCUUCCACCUCUAAUGGGCCCUCAAGUACCAAACAAGCAAGCCAGUGCAAGCUACACAAUGUCAGGUAGUUACAGCACAGGGGGGCCAUCUGUGGAUUUAGCCAAGACGCCAGGGCCUUGCAGGUACAACAGUACGGACCCAAGUGUUUAUCUAUCCAGACAGCCGGCGUUUUCCAUGCUGGGACGCCACUGCUUACCCAGAGAUGCCACCAAGAAACCUGGCCCUGGAACUUAUAAUCCAGAGAAAGUGACAGUUCACAAAGCUCGGGCACCAGCCUAUUCCCUGGGCAUCCGACACUCUGAAUUUGUUACUCCAUUAGUUGUCAAUGUUUCUGACUGAACACAAUCACAGAAACAGAAUUCUGUAAUCUGGGAGAAAAAUACUCAUGAGCAAACAUAUGUGAAUAAGAACAUUUAAUUUUCUCCUUUCAGCAACAAAGAACGUGUUGAUUCAACCAUGACUUACUGUCAACAUUUAUAAUAUCUAGAAAUAAUAUUAUGUACAAAACAAACAUACGUUUAAAAAGACAGGAAAGACAAAGAAGGCUGUUUUGUGAAAAAUGGGCUUGGGAGAAAUAAAACACUAUGCCUGUACUCAGCAAAUAAAUCACAACAAAAUGGCAUCAAAAGACUUUUAAAAAAUGAAUUAAAAUGUAUAAAUUACAGGCAAACAUUACCUUCCUGUUGUUUAUAAUGAUAUCAUCCACAGUG